AUGUACAAUAAUAUUUUUCGGUUAGCACCAGUUGUGAUUGUUGAUGUAGACAGUGUGGUGGUUGGUUUUUUUUUUUAUGUUUACAACCAAAAUAUCUCUAUUUCACCUCUGAAUUCUUUGGUUAAUGAGUAGUACGCUUGUUGACGGAAAGCCCAAAUAAUGACGUCGCUCGUGUCAAACUUUCAAGCGGUGACAACGAACUUGAUAUGCAUGUUACUGUUGAUCAUACCCAUGAGUUCGGCCACGGGAGGUAGUACUAACUUACAGCAGAAACGUCUAAAGAGGUGACGGAAUUUUUAGCUUCCAAGGGCUAAUUUAGAGACAGCACCGACAUAAUCAUACAAAAGAAGCGUGAUGUGACUCUACCAGUGGCAGUAAACAUGUAUUGAACUAUUGAGCAAGAUCCUCUACUAAUUCUGUUGCCGUCGCACUUGAAAGAGCUGCUGGAAUCCAGUGCGACUGAAUUGUGGAACCACAGUGGCUCCAUGCAUGUAACAAGCAAAGCGGUUCAUGGGGUCAAACUUUUCGCAAUGAUGAUGCUCAUGAUGCAUGAGAUGUUGGAACCAAGUGUGGACCGUUUGAUUUCAAUCACCGGGUGUUUAAUCCAAUUCUUCACGUCGGUCUUGACCUGGAAUGUUCAAGAAGUUGAAAAAAAGCGCCACAAGUAUGUAGAGAAGUUGCUCACAAAGCUCUUGGUGAUGAAGAAAUGAAUCCAAUUUGGAAACAGAAGAGAUUGAAACAAUCGAGCAACAAAAUGCAAAAGUCACGCUAUUGAGCUACUGCUAUUUUGCACAGCUACAACAGCAACAACAACAACAACCGGAGGAAGAAGAAGAAGAAGAAAGAUUUGAUCUCGCAAAGAUAUACGAUGCAAAUUUUGCAAACAUGCAAAGCGCAUUCUCGCUGGAUUUUGUUUUGGAGACGAGCCGCAUUCUUCACAAUUGUGGAUUACUACAGUACGAAAAGCGCAAAUUUGAAAAUUCUCGACUUUUGGCAUCGAGCGUGGUCCAAAUACUAGAGCCCCAGGCCGAAAAAGAGACGUCUCCUAUUUUCAAAGAGAGAUAUUUGCAUGGCCACAUUCUACUCAUCAAGUCCUUGAAGCUGAUUGAUACAGCCGAGGCCCAGGAUAAAGCAGCAGCAGCAUUGGAGCUUUUGAGGGAGCAGUUUCCCUCUAGACUCGAAACUUAUAUCCUCCACUUGGAAGUCAACAAGUACAGCAAUGAAACACAGAUUGUUGAUGCAGAUGGUACUAUCAGUUGA